CAUCCUGUUGACUCCGCCCACCGCGCCGAGAGACUUCCUGAAAACGCUCGUGCCUCCCCUACACAGAUCAGGAAAGCUAGAAUACUCGCCGUGUAGUGGGGGGCAAAAAAAUAAAAUAAAAUAAAAUAAAAAAACCGGGCACCUUUAACAUCGGAUAAAGAGGUUUACCAAGCCUUGAGACCCUGUUCCAGCACUCCUACUCUUUCUGUAUUCUGUGUUGUAUUUAUUUACCAUUUUGAUGACCAUCUUGUAAGGGUUGAAGAACAGAAUUCAGCGUAUAUGGAGAUCAAAUCCUGGAUUUUCUGGCAUUUUUUUAUUGGGUGAACUAUAACACAUGAUUUCUCCGCACGUCUGCAAUCUCUGACACUAUUUUGAACCGAUACCAGAAGUUACAUCCCUGUUCAUCUCUAUCACUUCCUUAACCUUAAGGUUUCAUUUGAUACUUCUUAAACAAUAUCCUCGGCUGGGCCGUUACGUCUGCUCUCUUUGCUUGUUUGUGACUGAACAUUUUUAAGGUUAUUAUAACCUUAGUGUGUGUUUAUUUUUAGUCAUUUGUAAGUUUGCUGACCUUUAGACAAUGCAUUGAUAAUUGAAAUUGUGCUUCGUAUUUUAUUUAAACAACUUAUAAGGAUGUAAAAUUGUUAAAUUAGUAACUUAAGAAAUUCUGUUUAAUGGAUAUAUGUAGAUGCACAACCUUAACAAAACCUUGCCUUUUCUUAUAUUAUGACAUUUUGCCAGUGCAGUCAGUCAAAGAGAGAAAAGCAAAUAAUCUGGCAUCUUAAUCUUGUGUAUUUUCGUUUUUAAAACAAAACUGUCAUUUUUGUUGGUAUACUAGAAAUACUAAACUGGAAAUCUCUUUCUUAUAUUGUGUUUGAUCAGAUGAUCAUAAGAGGAUUUAGCAUUGCUUUCAGGCAAAAUACACUGACGGAAAGGAUUUAACACUAUCAGGGAUGGAAAAACCUGCUGAAAUUUUCUUGUGUUUUGAAAAGACACCUAUUGAAACACUGUCAUCAUUUGUAGUUUUUAAGUUUAACUUAAAGUUUACGUAAAAGCCCAUGAUUUGGGCUUAAAGCUGACACAUUUAUUUCAGAACAACUAAUGCAUCCGUCCAGAAAGUCAUCUCUACAAAUCAGAGGAAAGACCCCUACAUGAGGCAUUCAAGCUGUAUAGUCCAAACAUACUCUCCGCAUCCCAGUGGCACUACCUUUUGAGCCCAGAUGUUGAACAUGCGCUCCCCAGGCCCAGAGAGCCCGUCUUCUACUGAGGAGGCCCUGCUGCACGGACAGUUCGGCGGUUGUAGCAGCGGAGGAGGAAGUGGAAGUAACAGCAACAGCUGCCCCAACAGCCCUGGAGGUGUUUCUUUACCUUCCAGCCCCACCAACUAUGCCCUGACCCUCACGCCAACUCACAUCCAUGUCCAGCGGUUGUCUCCACGUGUGGGUAAGCAGUCUAGGCUGAUCCUGCCACUGGCAGAACUGACCGGAUGCAGCUGUCCGCGCUCGCCGGCUCCUCCUUUGCUGGUGCUUUACUGGUACCCUCCGGGUCGUCGCCGGAAAGGUGUCUCCAGACACAGACAGGUGAGGGCAUACUUGGCAGAGAGCAGAGUUGAAGCGGAGAAGUGGAACACUGCCAUACAGAGCCUUCUGAGGGGGAUGGAUGUCAGCUCCACUACAGAAUUUUGUAAAAGCAUGUUGCCCCGUCCCCGUCGACUGAUGCUGCUGGUCAAUCCAUUGAGUGGCCGGGGUCAGGCAAUGCAAUGGUGUCAAACGCACAUACUUCCAAUGAUAAGAGAAGCCAACAUCAGCUACAACCUUAUACGGACAGAGCGUCAGAAUCAUGCACGUGAGCUAAUUAGAGAGAUCUUGCUACCAGAAUGGGAUGGAAUUGUCAUUGUUUCUGGAGAUGGACUCUUGCAUGAGGUGAUAAAUGGCCUUAUGGAAAGGCCAGACUGGGAACAAGCAAUAAAAACUCCAGUGGGAAUCCUUCCUUGUGGCUCUGGAAAUGCACUGGCUGGUUCCAUCAACCACUGUGCAGGAUAUGACAUGUGCCUUCGGGAGCCUCUCCUUCUCAACUGCUGUUUUCUGCUGUGCCGGGGUGGGGUUAAACCAAUGGACUUGGUGUCCGUUACAACCAGCCCAUGCACUUCAUCAUCCACAUCCAAUCAAAAUGGGCACCCACCUGCUCCCAGGAGGCGUUUCUCUUUUCUUUCAGUGGCCUGGGGUUUUGUGUCUGAUGUUGACAUAGAGAGUGAGCGCUACAGAGGGCUGGGCUCAGCACGGUUUACACUGGGAACACUAGUGAGAUUGGCUUCUCUGCGCUCCUAUAAGGGCCGUCUUUCCUACCUUCCACCCGCUAUGGUCAACCCGUCCCCUGAUGCCACACCUCAGCCACCCCGAAGGCCACUUUCACGUAGCAUUACUGAAGGCUUGGAAGGAUUUUGUCACACUCCCAUUCACCGCACCUGUUCAGACAUGGGCCUGAGUGAACAAAGAAGUCUCUGUAAGGGAGAUGGGGAGAGAGAGAGGGAAAGAGAGCGGGAAAGGCAGGAGAGAGAGCAGGAGAGGGAAAGGAGGAGAGAGAGGGCAAGAGGGGUUGGGGUAGUGAGAGCUAGCAGUCUCGCAGAAGACAGAGAGAGAGAGUUGGAAGCAGAAGAGAAGAUGGAGGAGACGUCAGGGACCAGCUCGGAAUCAAACGGAAGGGAAGAGUGUGACAACAUUGCCAGUAAUAAUGGGAUCAGGGAAGAAGAGAAUAAACCAGCUGGGGAUGAGCUCGACGGAGAAGGCUUGACGAAAGCGAGAGAUGAGGUAAACGAGUGCAAUGAGAGUUAUCAAAUGUCUCUACCUGAGAUGCAACACACACUAUGUAAAAACUCGGCCCCUUCCGGCCAGAUAAUUAAUGCCUUCUUCAGCCAGCCAAUCGGUGCAGACACUGACCAAGACUUGGAUCUGGCAGCCUAUGGCAAGGAGGACGAAGACAUGAAUGGGACCUACUUUCAGAGAGAGGCAUUUCCACUGGACAAAUCUCGGGAGCGAGCCCUCACUAUCUCAUCUUCCCCGUUCCGUCAGUCUCCUUUCAAAGCUUUUAAACCUAAAACUUUGGACCAGGACCAGAACCAGAACCUCUCACGACCUCGGCCCCUCUCUCUUCUCCACCAAUCGCAUUCAGAUUCUCUCCCUCCAAAAUUUCCAUCCCUUUCUCUGUCCCUCUCCCCAACCCCUCCUACAUCUCCAUCUUGCACCUCUCCUCACUCUUCUUAUCUCGCGCCACGUCCCAACACUCCCAGCUCAUCUUCACCAUCGCCUUCUUUUCAUUCACCGACCCCUUCCUACAGCUUUGAUCUUGCAGAACCUGCAGGACCCCUGAAAAAUCACCCUCACACGACAUCCUCCAUCAACCUGCCAGAAGAUGAUCUGCUACCUCCUCUGGACCAACCUCUCCCUACACGUGACUGGGUCACUAUUGAGGGCGAUUUUGUCCUGGUGCUUGCCAUCUAUCAGACCCACCUGGGAGCAGAUCUUUUCGCUGCGCCUCAGGCUCGAUUUGAUGAUGGGUUGAUCCAUUUGACAUUUGUGCGGGCUGGUAUCUCACGGGCAACACUGCUUAGACUGUUCCUAGCAAUGGAGAGAGGAGCCCAUUUGUCUGUUAGCUCUCCCUACGUUAGUCAUAUUUCUGCUCGGGCGUUCCGCCUUCAGCCGCUUUCACCGCGAGGAACCCUCACUGUAGAUGGAGAGCUAGUGCCCUAUGGGCCACUGCAGGCACAGGUUCAUCCCUCCAUGGCCCGUUUGAUUGUUGGGGACUCCGGAAUAAAGAUUACAAGAUUCUGACCGGUUUGGAUUUGAACAGACAGGGAUUAGCGUGACGCUUUGGAUUAUAUAAAAUUUUGCCAUCCGCAUAUUGUGGGGUGGCUGUGUCGGGGGAGAAACAGAAAGCCAGCAAAUUGCAAUCACUGCUUUUACUGGGAAUAACUAAGGAAUUGCUUAUUCAUGCUGCAUAUGCAAGGAGUAUUUUUGAAUUUAAGGAAGGGAUGAAAACUAUUGCACUACUGUAGGAUUACACUUGGGUUACCCACACUGUAGUUGGAGAGAGAACACUAAAAUGUCUACAUAAGAGGAAACGGCAAAAACUGAAUGAGUCCAACUGGUGUAUACAUUUUAGUAUGCAUUUGAUUCACAACAGUGCUCCAGCCUUAUUUCAAAGUGGGAAAAAAAAUUACAGUCAGACACUAACAAUAGCCAGCUUUUAGUUUGUCACGCCCACAUACAAAUGGAUCCACCUGUUUUGCAUAAUGGGUACCCCUGAAAUGCCUUGUGCAUCUCUGAACUUUAAGCACCCCCGCCCCCCUUUUUAAUUUACAUACCGGCUUAGUAUCACUUUCUCUGAAACCUCAUUUAGUAAAGAUUUAUCUGCAUUGAAGUCUUCGUCCAGCUUUUGAAAACUUGAUUUAUGGGACUGAUCAGAAAUGCAGUCAGUUCCAUCUUGUGUCCAUUUUUUUGUGGUAUUUUAAGGACACAAACAUUGUGUAGAUUGAGUGAAACAGUUUAAUGAGGGAUGUUAUGUUGUAUAUUGCAUUGCUAGUUUGUGUAAGAAACGCAUGUGGUGAUGAUGAUGAUGAUGAUUAUAUUCAGUAACUAGCUAUAUACAUUGCAGUGAACACCGAAAGAAUUCUAGGAAAACUUCCAGUUCAGCAUUUUUCUUCCCCCCAGUAAUAUUGUAUCACUGUCUUCUAUGACAUAAUGCAAACUUGCAUAACAUUUGCUAAUUUUUAUUCCUAAUGAAUGAAGAAAGAACUGGAAGUUAUGGAUCGACUGGAAAUGCACCUUCAGCUCCCUUUCCUGAAAGAUUCAUCUGUUAAAUAUUAGGCAGGGACUAUUUCAUAGUGAUCAGCAACUUGAUAACAUUUUAGUCUCUUUCUCUCCAUUUGUUAGACUGAUUCAUGUCGUGUCUCGGGGCUAAUGAUGAAUUUCUUCAGUCAGAUUAAUAAGGCUCAGGAGGCAGAGUUCCAGAUGUCAAAAUAUAGACUUUAUUACUCAAAGCAACAAAGCCGAGAUAAUGGGCACCACAUCUCAAUCUUCUGUCUGUCCACGCACUCGUUUUAUACCUUUAUACCUAAUUUGGUAGUUCCGUUUUUUAUUUGGCACCCACUGUCCAGUUUACCACAGUUUUCUACCAGUCCACCUAGUAUAUUUUUUUUAAUGGUGGAAUUUGGCCAAAUCAACAAUUAAGAAAUCACCUCUCCCUAUUGGUUGGCUGUGGUCACGUGAGACAUCCACCAAGUCUGUUUACUGCUGAUGUCAGCAUUUGGAAAUCACCCAAAGUUCACAGGGUUACUUUAGUUCACAGUCGCAAUUCAGAGGUUAGUUUAGUUCACAGAUACAACUCAAUGGAAGACUAUUAGGACCUCCCAGUGGGAGGUCUUUUAUAUGUCCAAUCCUGUUCAACACUACUAGUACUGCCCAAUGGGAGGGCUUUAUACAUCCGACCCUCUUUAUGACAUCCAGUAUUUAUGAGUAACUCAGCAUAUUAAUCAGUAUAUUGAUUUCUUUCAUAGUUAUGCAUAAUAUUAUAAGUAAGAUAAUACCAUAUUGAGUAAAUAACAUAGAAUAACACAAUUGUAUUGAGUAUUAUCAUAGGAUAACACAAUAUUCACUAGAGUAUAAUGUAUUUUUCAGCUGUCUAAGAGAACAGGCCUGUGGAAAGUCCAGCUGUGGAGCUGAUUACGAUUGUAACGGAGCCUUUCCAGUGCUUUUAAUUUUACCUAAAUAUUUAUUAGAAAAUGCAUUUCUUCUGUCCUUUUUAAUUUUUCAGAGGAGCACAAUUUGACAAAUGCAGACUCUUUUUGCUCUCUUUUUGUGAAUUUACAAUGAUUAGCGAAUAAUAUUUAAUUCCAAUAAGUGUUUCCGAACAGCUGUUUAGUUCUGUUUAGUGCAAUCAUUUUUAGCUUCUGUUGAUCACCGUUGUCCUCACAUCUUAAGUUUCGGCUGGUAUGUAAGUAUUUGCAAGUCUGGGCAAUCAAAUUGAUUUUCAGCUGCAAUCAGAUUGCCAGUUAUUUAUUUAAUUUAUAUAUGUAUAUAUAUAUAUAUAUAUAUAUAUAUAUAUAUAUAUAUAUAUAUAUAAAUAUAUAUAUAAUUCCCUAUAUUUCAUUCCUUCUUUUCUUGUACCAUGCUUUAGAGUGAUCUAAUAAAUUUGGUUUCAAGCUGCUGUCCACCUUGAAAAUGCCAGUUUAAGGUGUCUCUUCAUUCUAUGAUGCUUGUAUUAAGAUUGUAAUUACUAUUAAAAGAAUAUUAUAUUAAACAGAUAUACAUAUUAUUAUA